AUGAGGACGAGCCCACGACGUGCUUCCCUGAUGCGGGAACGUGCGAACGUUGAGCUGCCCUUGCCACGGUGGGUCUUGGGGUACCGACAGGACCAGCCACGCUUGAAGCCGAGGGCACACGUCGUGUUGCUUCAGAAGCACAUGGCCGCCCGGAUGCCAGCGAUUGCAACGCCCUGCCUGCAACUGUUGGGCGGGACUCAAGACUUUCAGCUCUCAUCGCAUCAUCACUUUGGGCAGGAAUGGAAGCAUCGGGCGCAUGUUCAGCUGCCCAGAGUAGUAGUUCUCGAUCGGGCGGCUUGUCACGGGCCCUCGCGGUUGGAGUGCGGCCAGACGCAGUUCUUUUCCUGCUGCUGUCGCGUCGUGCAGUGCUUGGGUUGGAAUGGAAGGGCUCCGAUGCCGCCCUCAUCGCUUUGCUUAGGUCGCGGAAUGUCCGAGGCUCAAGGGAACCGAGCGCCGAGGGCACCCUCUGUGCCGACACUGGAAGUCUGCUGUGGGAAGCAUCGGGGGGGAGCCUCCGGGUCUUAG